AUGAGUGCUAAUAAAUUGAAACAAAAUUAUGCUAUUCGACAAUUACAAAUUGACGAUGUUGAGGAAAUUCUUUCUUUAGCGACAGCAGCGGUCGAUGAUGCAAGUCGUCAUGUUAGAUUCCGACUUCGAUAUGAAGAGUUGGAGGAUAUUCAUGAAAAAUUUCAUAACACUCACAAUUCAAUUAUUUCAACCAUUUCAGUUUUAGAAAACCCUGAUUUAGUGUCAGAAAAACAGAUAAAGUCAGCAUUCAAUGAUACAUAUUUCACCAUAAAAACCAUUUAUAAUAAUUUAUUCCCCACAAUCAGUGGUGAUGUUUCGGUCAAAUCCUCGAAAGUUACACCUAAUGUCAAACUUCCGAAGAUUUCUUUGCCAUCAUUCAGCGGAAAUUAUAAAGAUUGGACAACCUUUCAUGACAUAUUCACUAGUUUGAUUCACAAUAAUGCUAAUUUGUCUGAUAUUGAAAAAUUCCAAUAUCUUCUAAGUUCCUUAAAAUCCCAAGCUUUGUCAUUGUUGAAAGGUUUUCCAUUAACAGCACAAAAUUACCAUAUUGCUUUCGACACCUUGACUAAACGUUAUCAAAAUAAACGUCUUUUGGCGAAUUCAUAUUGGCAAGAUAUCACGAACAUAUCAAAGUUGACAAAUGAGUCGGUUGAAGGUUUGAGGAACCUACUCGAUACAUUCUCUGAGAAUUUGUCAUCUUUGAAAAACUUAGGUUUGCCAGUUGAUCAAUGGGAUUUUGUACUUUUUCAUAUGAUUAUUCAGAAACUAGAUAACGCUAAAAUUAAACGUUUUGAAUUACAAGAAUGCUCGUCAGAUAUUCCAUCGUUCCGAAAUUUACACAAUUUCCUUCUGAAUCAGUGCACCGCUUUAGAAUCUGCAGCUCUCUCUACCUCCAUUAAACCCAAAUACAGUCCACUUGCUCAAACUCAAACCAAACAGCAAAAACCUUCCUCGAGUAAAUCAACCUCCACUUUUCUGGCUCAAACUAAUAAUAUUUCUUCAAAAAUAAAAUGUAAUUUUUGCAAUUCACCGCAUACUAUUUACAAAUGCUAUUCAUUUCUGUCCAAAACUCCAACUGAAAGAUUGAAAAUUGCCCAAAGUAACAAUUGGUGUAUUAAUUGUUUGCAUUCAGCGCAUGACAUUUCGAAAUGUGCUUCUAAAUCAAGUUGUCGCACUUGUUCUAGGAAACACCAUUCUCUGCUCCAUAUCGAUUCCGAUGAAAAUGAAAAACAAACCUCUCCCUCUUCUUCUGAUAUCAAUUCAUGUAACUCAGCUCAGAGUUUCACUACCACUGCGUCUUCCAACGUUCUUCUCGCUACAGCUCAAGUAGAAAUUCUCGAUGCCUGGGGGAAUUAUAAAACUGUCAGAGUUCUUUUAGAUAGUGGUUCCCAAACUAAUAUAAUUACUAAAAAGUGUGUUGCUUCACUAGGGUUAACAUUAUCUAAAUCAUUUCUAUGCAUAAAAGGCAUAGGAGAAAGAUCAUCACCAUCAACUUCCACUGCCACUUGCACAAUCCGCCCCCGAGAAGGGAUUCACCCAAUCUUUACCUUCGAUGCUGUUGUCAUCCCAAGAAUAUGUUCAGACUUGCCAAACUUCACAACAAAAUUUUCAUUCCACGAUUCACUGAAUUUGGCGGAUCCAAAUUUCAAUAAACCUGGUAGUGUCGACAUACUUCUGGGAGCUGAAAUAUUUCCCUCUUUACUUCUUGAUGGUCGUCAAGAAGGUGGAGUAGGAGAACCUUCAGCACUCGAAACUGUUUUCGGUUGGGUCUUGAUGGGUAGAACUCAUUCUUCUUGUAAGGUAGUAAAUUCAUUGCAUGUGACUCUAGAUUCAUCUCUGAACGCAACUUUGAAGGCAUUCUGGGAACUCGAAGAACUUCCAAUUUUGGCAUCAGAAUCACAUUCUCCCGAUGAAAUUCUCUGUGAAGAGAUUUUCAAGAAAGAUAUCUCUCGAGAUUGUAAGACAGGUCGUUUUAGUGUAUCAUUACCCUUCAAACAAUCAAUUCCCGUUUCAUUCGGUGACACCUAUUCAUUGGCAUUGCGUCGUUUCUUGUUGCUGGAGAAACGACUCAAUAAAGAUUCCUCUCUGCGGAAACAAUAUAGUGAUUUCAUGAAAGAUUAUUUGGAAUCUGAUCAUAUGACAUUGGUAGAUUCAAUGCCUUCUGAUGAAUUCUCCUAUUUUAUCCCACAUCAUUGCGUUCUCAAACCCGAUAGCACUUCCACCAAACUAAGGGUUGUGUUUGAUGCCUCAUCAAAGGUGGCUGGUCAUUCAUCUUUGAAUGAUUGCCUUCUUACAGGCCAAAAGUUGCAAAAGGAUAUUGCCACCAUCCUUCUCCGAUUUCGUACACAUAAGUUUGUCUUCACGGCCGAUAAACGACAAAUGUAUCGGCAAAUUCUGAUUCAUACGAAUCAUCGUAAAUAUCAGCGCAUUCUCUGGAGAUUUUCACCUUCAGAAUCCAUAAAGUGUUAUGAGUUAAACACUGUCACGUAUGGGCUGUCUUCGGCUCCUUUUCUAGCGCUUCGAACCUUGCGUCAGUUGGCUAUAGAUGAAAAAGAUAGUUGUCCUUUAGCUUCUAGGAUCCUUGAUGAGGAUAUAUACAUUGAUGAUGUCGUGUCAGGUUCCGAUAAUGUUCAGAAUGCCAUUGAUCUCAGAAAUGAGCUCAUUUAUCUUUUGAACAAAGGGGGCUUCGAAUUGCGAAAAUGGGCCAGUAAUGAGCCGGAAAUCCUCGAAGGAAUUCCAAUAGAACAUCAGCUGAUGCAGUCAUUUUCAUUCACUGAUGGGGAAUUCGUGAAGAUUCUUGGACUUUGCUGGAAUCCGAAUAUCGAUACUUUUUCAUUUGUUACAUCUAAAAUAGAUUCCAUUUGCACGAAACGUAGCAUAUUAUCACAACUUGCUCGAACUUACGACCCCUUGGGCUUCUUAACUCCUUUUACUUUUUUCAUGAAGCAUCUCAUACAGGUUCUUUGGACUCAAGGUUUACAGUGGGACCAGACCCCUACUUCUGACGUCGUAAACUGUUGGAAUCAAUGUAAGUUUGAACUUUCUCAUCUACAAAAUCUACGUAUUCCUUGUUGCAUUUUUCCAGAAUCAUAUACCAGAUGUGAAUUACAUGGAUUCGGUGAUAGUAGUGAAAAAGGUUAUGCAGCAGUCGUCUACUUUUGUUUCUUUUAUUCAUCAGGACAAAUUGAAACUUUUCUUAUUUGUGCAAAAUCCAAAGUUGCUCCCAUUAAGCGCAUAUCUCUUCCUCGUCUGGAGUUAUGUGCUGCUCUAUUAUUAGCGAAACUUAUUUCUUUCGUAGUCUCAACCUAUCCAACAGGUAUAUUUUCUGACCUAUUCGCCUGGUCAGAUUCAACCGUUGCUCUAUCUUGGAUAAAAUCGUCCCCUCAUAAGUGGAAAUCUUUUGUGAGCAAUCGAACCACAAAAAUUCAAAAUCUUGUUCCCCCUGAAAACUGGUUUCAUGUUAAAUCAGAGGAUAACCCUGCUGACUUUGGCUCUCGCGGUUUAACUCCGCUAAAAUUGAUAAAUUGCAGUAAGUGGUGGUCGGGACCAGCUUGGUUGAGAUCGAACCAAAUUCUGAGCACUUCAUUUGUUGAUUCGGAAGAUUCUCCUCUCUGUUCGGAAGAAGAACGGAAAAUUGUCCUGAUAACAUCAGUUCAGGCAUCAUUGACUGAUGACCUAAUAACAAAGUUCUCAUCUCUCCCGAAAAUUCAACGGAUUUUAGCAUAUGUCUUAAGGUUCUGCUUCAAUACUCGAAAUUCUUCAUCGCCUUGCCAAGGCAAGUUGACUUUUCCGGAGCUAACACAGGCCUUACUUUUUCUGGUGAAACAAGUUCAAGCAGAUAUAUUUGUCGUGGAAAUCGAUCAGCUUCGAAAAGGUAAACUUUUAUCUAAGCCCCUCAGAAAACUGAAUCCUUUUCUUGACUCAGAUUAUGUUCUCAGGGUGGGCGGUAGAAUUUCUCUUUCAGGGCUCUCUUUUGAGAGCAAACACCCUGCCUUACUUCCUUGCCAACAUCCUCUGACGGACCUCAUAAUUCGUCAUUUCCACCUUAAACACCUACAUCCAGGUCACCAAGCAUUGCAAUACCUUAUUUGUCAGCAAUUUUGGAUACUUUCAUCUAGGCGAGCUAUACAUCGGGUGCUCUCCAAAUGUAACACUUGUUUCCGUUCGAAUCCUAAGCCAGUUCAGCCGUUUAUGGGAAACUUGCCUUCUAGCCGUUUACACCAGGUAAAGCCAUUUCAAUGUGUUGGUGUUGAUUUCGGUGGUCCUUUCCUCAUCACUAUGACAAGGUCAAGAGGUACUAAAUACACAAAAGCAUACGUUUGCCUUUUCAUUUGUUUCGCGGUUAAGGCAAUACACUUAGAGUUGGUUUCUGACCUUUCUUCAGAAGCGUUCUUAGCAGCAUUACGACGCUUUAUAGCACGUAGAGGUCGGUGUAAUCGAAUAUUUAGUGACGGUGGUACCAAUUUCCGUGGUGCCUACACUCUUUUACGUACUUUGUUCCGCAAUGCUACCGAGGCUGAAAAUAUUGAUUGGAGUUUCAAUCCUCCAUCUGCACCUCACUUCGGCGGUCUCUGGGAAGCUGGCAUAAAAUCAGUGAAAACACAUUUAAUGAGAGUGAUAGGUGAGCAGAAAUUGACUUAUGAAGAACUGUAUACGGUUCUGACACAAAUUGAAGCGGUUCUAAAUUCACGACCCCUCUGCCCAUUGAGCAGUGAUCCAAAUGACCUAUCCGCCUUGACACCGGGUCAUUUUUUGACUCUUGCACCCUUGACUGCGCUACCAGAUGAUGAUUUGUCCCAUUUACAAAUCAAUAGGUUGUCUCGAUGGCAAUUGCUCUCGCGGCUUCAUGCUGAUUUUUGGAAACGUUGGCACACCGAAUAUCUACAUACGUUACAACAACGUCAAAAGUGGGAUAAACAUUCAGAUUCCACCCUAAAACCAGGAAUGCUUGUCCUCAUCAAUGAUGGACCUAUUUCUCCUUUGCGCUGGCGAUUGGCAAGAAUCGAGAAAUUACAUCUGGGUACAGAUGGAAUAGCUCGUGUAGCUACCAUUCGCACAAGCCAAAGUGUGCUGCAACGACCUAUUGUAAAGUUGUGUCCAUUGCCACAGCAAUAG